CUGGAUGAAAGAGGAAAUUAUUAAAACGAAAGAGAAAGACUGAGUGAGAGAUAUUUAACGAGAUAUUUACCGCGUAAAUUUCUCGUAAGAAGAGAUAAAAGAAACUUAUGGAGAUACUUGAAAAUACGCGAGUAUCACCGCGAGUAUUCACGGCGAUACAGAAUGUCGACAUCAAGGAGCUCUCUUUGUGUUCGCAUAAAGAUAUCAGGCCCAUCUUACCGUGUUUGGUUAGAAUGAGUCUUAUCUCUCCUCUGGAUAUAACGAGAGAAUGUGUAGAGGGUAGAAAACAAGUACUCACGAUCCUUUCUGGCAUCGAGUCCGUUAACUCCAUUAUAGCCCUCUUAUCUAUUGAUUUCCAUGCACUGGAAACUGACGUUAGAAAGGAGCAACAGUUAAGACAAAAAGCAGGCAGCACACAGCGGGAGAGUGUGUUGGCGCAAUCUCUGCAGAGUGGCUUAGCUUUGGAAUUUGAGCGUAGUGAAUCUACUCGCAGGAUUAGAUUAGUGUUGUGUGAGAUAUUGUUUAUAUCUGCUCAAAUUCAGGAACUGCAAAAGAAUCAGGAGUUUCAGAUCAAGCAAUCAGAUCUGUUUGACAAUGCUGUAUAUAUGGAAGAGAUCAGUUAUGUCAUCUGUAUAGCACUGGCAGAAUUACCAACCUUAUUGUCCAUAGUGGAUAUCAUAGAGACCUUGUUGCAUGUAAAGCAUGGUCCUGACAUUAUCUGUUGGAUAGUAGCUAACAGUCCAGAUAGUUUUUCAGAGGUAUGUACUCAAUUAAUUGCCAAUGGUGAGAGGCAAGAAGAGUCAGCAUUAGGUCGAAUUAGAACACAGGCCCUGACAAUAUUGUGUCAGAUGAAUCCGAGCCAGUCACUAGCGGUCAGGGCCAAGUGUGUAGAAUUAUGUAGAAUGCCAGCGCUAGCGAUCACUCUAAGCCUAGAACACGCAAAUACAAACAGCUCACAGCCGUGCGAUAUAGAGAGCGACGUUGUCGCUUUUGUGUCUGGUCUCUUACUAGGUAGUGAUCAGCAAGUGCGUUCAUGGAUUGCAAUGUUUAUUCGCAAUGGUCAGAAGCGCAAGUGGGAGUCACAUACAGCGUUACAAUCUCUGCGGGAGGAGUUGUUAAAGCGAUUGCAGACUAUCGCAUCGCACAGUACAGACGGUCAGCUGGCAGAGUCGCAAGUGGUACAAGCGAGCGCAUUAUUAAGGCUAUAUUGUGCUCUUCGCGGCAUUGGUGGCAUCAAGUUCCAAGACGACGAAGUAGCAAUGAUAGUACAGCUGUUAACAUCGCAUCCACCUCCGUCACCAGCUGGCGUUCGUUUUGUAUCGUUGGGCUUAUGCAUGCUCAUAGCUUGCCCAUCGCUGAUAGGUCAUCACAAUCUAGAGAAACGCAGCAUAGAGUGGGUGCAAUGGCUAGUACGCGAAGAAGCAUAUUUUGAGAGCGCUAGCGGUGUGACAGCCAGUUUCGGCGAAAUGUUGCUACUGAUGGCCAUACACUUCCACAGCAAUCAAUUGUCGGCAAUUUGCGAGCUAGUGUGCGCCACCUUGGGCAUGAAGAUACCAAUCCGGCCGAACAAUCUGACAAGAAUGAAACAGAUCUUUAUGCAAGAGAUCUUCACUGAGCAAGUGGUGACGGCGCACGCAGUGAAGGUACCUGUGACGGCGAAUCUCAAUGCCAAUAUUCCUGGCUUUUUACCGGUGCACUGUAUCCAUCAAUUGCUGAAGUCACGGGCGUUCGCUAAGCAUCGCGUGCCCAUAAAGAACUGGAUUUACCGGCAGAUAUGCGACAGCGUGCCGCCUUUGCAUCCGGUAUUGCCCGCUCUGGUCGAGGUCUACGUCAACUCUAUCCUCGUGACGAAUACUAAGACGUCGGAACACACGAACAAACCCAUUACCGAAGACGAAAUUCGCAGGGUAUUCCAGAAUUGCGCGUUCGGUGCCAAUUUUGAUGCCAAGAAGAAUUCCGCUAGCAUCAUGCAGGCCGAUGUUGACGGUAUGGACGUCGACACUACCAAGCCUUCACUCACCUCACAGUUAUUAUUAUUGUACUAUCUCCUGCAGUACGAAGAUGUAAGAUUGGCAAAUAUGCAUACUUUUAUAUCCCAAGGUAGGAAGGUCAAAUCAUACUCGGCGGAUUUCCUUACCGAGUUGCCGAUCAAGUAUCUGCUUCAACUGGUUCAGCGUGAUCAGAUGAAUUACGCCAGUCUGUUCUCGCCACUUCUGCGGUUACUGGCUACACACUUCCCUCACCUGUCUCUAGUGGAUGACUGGCUGGACGACGAAAUGAUCAAUAUAGACUCCGUCAUCGCGAGUUAUGAGAACAUGAAGAUCAACGACGCUACAAUCAUUGAGGCAUUCGGCCAUAUUAAGACUUGUCCCUCGAGAACGGGAAGACUACUGAGGCAAUUGAUGACACUGAAGCCGACUGAGAUCUGGCCUCAUGCUGAGUUAAUAAUACAUUAUUUUAAGGAUAUUCUCGAUGAACAAGUUCCUAGAUACAUACAAGAACUCUAUAAACAAGUGUGGCUUAGGCUCAAUACUGUUCUACCACGUUGUCUAUGGGUGUUAUCUAUAAACGCGUUGUUAGUAGAGAAUGCAAUUGUGAAAAGUGUCUUCUUAACGCAAGAUAAUAUCGUAUUAGAUCCCCUUCAAGUAUUGAGGUGUGACACAAGGGUUUUCAGAUGCGCGCCAAUCUUAUCCGUGGUCCUUAGGAUAUUGCAAGCUACCUUAGCCGCGUCCCGCUCUCAAUUAUCCAGGCAUAUGCAAGACAAACCUUUAACCGAAAAAACUGGGCAGUUGACAAGCGAAACGGAAAGAGAGGAUUUGAGGAUAGCUUUGGUGGCAGGCCAGGAAAGCGCGGCGGUGCAGAUUUUAUUAGAAGCAUGUCUAGAGACGGCGAUGGACAGAGAGACCCCUGGUCAAAUGUGGUCUCUCAGAGAAAUACGAAGUGUCGUGUGUUCGUAUUUGCAUCAAGUAUUUAUAGCUGAUCCUUCCCUGGCCAAAUUGGUCCAUUUUCAGGGCUACCCUCGGCAGUUGCUACAAAUCACGGUUCCGGGAAUCCCAUCCAUGCACAUAUGCCUCGAUUGGAUUCCGGAAUUGUUGUCACAACCUGAACCGGAGAAACAAGUAUUUGCGGUGGAUUUGGCGUCGCAUCUGGCAAUCCAGUACGCUCUACCAAAGACUUUGAGUGUUUGUAGAUUAGCAAUCAACACUCUGAUUACUCUUUUGGGAGUAUUACCUGCCGAAGAACGAGUAGUCCUCUUCAUGCCGGUAUUAGAAUCAUUAACGCGGAUAUGUUUGGCUUUCCCACCGUUGGCCGAGGACAUCACGAGUUUGCUACUCCAACUUGGUAGAGUGAGCUCAGCUCAAGCCGCUUUGGGUGACAAAUCAGCGGAUUUGCUGUGCCGAGAAGUGAAAGAGACAUUUUGCAAGAUGCUGAGCAAAGCUAUACUGCAAACGCAACUUUAUUGAGACUUGAGAGACUUAGCGAUUUGUAUAGAGAAUCAGGCGUUAACUGUGUGUCUAGAGAGUUUUAUAAGUUAUAUAAAAAUUUAUUGUUAUUAUCAUCUUGAAUGACGACACGAAAAGCGAGAAAAUACAUACCAUCCUCUUUGCCAAGUGUGUUGAAAUAAAAAAGGUAUGUCCAGAAUAGGCAUAGAGCAGCAGUGAUCUGUAUCUUUGUGUAUAUAUAAUUAACAUAUAUUAAUGAUGCCCGGUAUAUUUAAUCUUUCGGUAUAAAUAAUCCAUUCAUUUAUAAGUAAAAUGACAGUCAAUUUCACAAGCUAUUUUGACAAAAA